AUGACCAAUAUGGCAGACGAGUGGUAUGAGCAGGAUGUGUUUGAGCACCAGGCUUCUUUUUUAGACACGGCUGGCGCUACUGGCAUGAACAAGCACCGCAAGCGCUACGAUAUACUGAAUGGGACAGACGGUUGGGCAAGGUAUUACCCCGCUCAGACCAGAGUCAAGUGUGGAGUGCGGCUUGAUGAUGAUCGAUUGGCGGGGAAGGCUGUGGAAUACAAGCUAGUGAUCAAUAUGGAUCUUGUGAUUGAUGCUGAUAAGCGUUACGGUUUCCGGCCGUUCAGCAACGUUUUUUGGGAAGGCACUCGUACAGGACAGAUAGGGUACAACUUGGCACCUUGA